GGGGGGGCGGGGCACCGGGCACCGGGCCACCGGGAGCCCGUGGGUGAGACCGAGCCGGGGAGCACCUCUCGGUGGGACCGAGCCCCCGGGCAUCCCCGACAGCAGCGAGCCCUCAGGUAGCGCUGAGCAGGCGAGUAUCCCCCGGUGUAACGAGCCCCCGGGCAUCCCCGGCGGCACCGAUCCGCGGGUGGUACCUCCCGAUGGUACCGAGCCCCUGUGGUGCCGAGCCACCGGGCAGCCCUGGGCGUUGUCGAGCCGGUGAGAACCUCCGGGGGUGCCGGGCUCUGAGCAGCACCGAGCCACCGGGCACCCCCGGUGGUACCGAGCCCUGGGCAGUGCAGAGCCGGUGAGUGCCCGGCUGGGAUGGAGCCACAGGUGCCCACGGUGGGCACUGAGCCGCUGAGCACCCCCAGUGGCACCGAGUCACUGGGCAUCCCUGGGUGACACCGGGACAGCGAGCACCCCUGGGUGGUGCUUAGCCCCGGGCACUGCUGGUGGCACUGAGCCUCGGGUGGCAUCCAACACGUGAGUCUGCCUCAGUGACACCUCUGGGUGUUCCCAAGUCACUGAGCAGCCCUGGUGGCACCAAGCCAGUGGGCACUCCUGGUGACAGCAAGCCCCUGGUGACAGCAAGCCCCUGGUGGCACUGAGCCCCUGGUGGCACCAAGCUGGUGGGCAGUCCUGGUGCAGCCAGUUUCCCAGUGGUACCCAUCUGUGCUGUGCUCAAUGCCCUUGGUGACACUGAGAUUUGGGCAUCUUCUGGUGGCAUCAAGCUGGUGGGUGGCACUCUCSGGGCUGCAGGUCCCCAUGGUGGGUGUCCCCUCUGGUGGGGGUCACUGCAUCCCCUGGGUGCUGCCUGUGAGCUCCACCGUCACCAGUGGGCCAGGGUCUGGCUCYGUUCCUCUUCCCAACCUCCUCCAUUUUAGGAUUUUCCCAGCUCAGRGCUGCUCAGGGAGCAGGGGCAGGGUCACAAUGCUGGGCCAGGAUUGCAAAGCCUCCCAAAUGGAGGUCCUGUGCUCUGAGCCUGCCAGGCUGGGGCAGACGGGCACACRAUGGGCAGGGCCACAGGUACAGGUGCUGCCUUGCUCCCCUCCUGUGGAURGAAGAGGUGGGACCUCACCACCCAUGGGUGUCCCAAGAAGAGCGACUCUGUGCCCCUCUGCUGGGUCAGGCAGGGCUUCGUCCCCCCAGCCCUUGGCCCUGCCCAGGCCCGUCUCAGGCGGCGUCGCCCGUGGGAUGCUCUGAGUCAGCAGAGUCUGUGCUCCAUCCUGCCCUCGAGGAGCCCCCGGCCUGGGUGGGGGGCCAGGGGCUCCAGCCCCCCUGUUUCCAGYGCUGCCAUCCCGGUAAUGAAUGCUCUGCUCUCUGCGGGGACUCUGCAUUGGGGCCAACACGGGGGCUGAAGUCUCCGUGCCAGCCCCUCUUUUCCGUCGCGUGUCUCAGACACUCAGGACCAAGCGUGUGCACAUACAUGCACUUAUACAUGCGUGUGCAMGCGUGUGUGCCCACAGACCUGCUCCGACCUGGCCUGGCCACACGUGCUGUUGGCACAGCCGUGAGYUCACGGCAUCCCCACCGCUGCUCCAGCAGCUGGGUUGGGCCCCAUCCCCUCCUGCCCCUCCACCGGAGCCCACCCCGUGCCCCCCGUGCCCCGGCCGCCACCCCCUGCCAGCACCGUGCCGGCACGGGCGCGUCCCUCCGCACGGCCCCCCGAGCGGCGUGUCAUGUCCGAUCAGCGGCGAGGCGGGUGCCUGGGGCGAGGGGCUUUGUGCCUGGCCAGCGUGGCUCUACCACCCCCCCGGCCGCGGUGGCCGAGCCCAUUCAGCUCCAGCGGCCUGCGGCUAAUCCGAGCUGAUGCCUGGAUGCGUGGCGCGGGAGGUGUCCGGUCGCUGGGUUUGGGAAAAGCCCUGCUCCCCGCUCCGCUGGGGCCCCUCCCCGACGGGACCCCCGGCUUCCCGGCUCGUCCUGCCCGGCAGGUUCCUGCGGGACGAUUACUCCAUCCAGGUGGCCAUCAAUGACUACCUGGACAUCUACUGCCCGCACUACGAGGGGGCGGUGCCCGCCGGCCGGGCAGAGACCUUCACGCUCUUCAUGGUGGACCGGGAGGGCUAUCGCGGCUGCUACGAGACCCCCGGCGCCUUCAAGCGCUGGGAGUGCAACCGGCCCCGAGCGCCUUUCGGGCCCGUCCGCUUCUCCGAGAAGAUCCAGCGUUUCACCCCCUUCUCACUCGGCUUCGAGUUCCAGCCGGGGGAGACCUACUACUACAUCUCCGUCCCCAGCCCCGAGAGCGCCGGGCGAUGCCUGAAGCUGCGCGUCACCGUCUGCUGCCGAGGCACCACGCCAGAGCCGGUGACAGAGGUGCCCAAUUCGCAGCCCCGAGGGCGCGGGGGCCCCGAGGAUGUAGUGCCUGCCCGGGGCACCGCGGUGCCAUCGCAGCCCUGCCCCCCGUGCCUGGCGCUCCUGCUCCUGGCCCUGCUCUGGGUCUGACCCCGGCGCUGCCCGUGGCGGGGGGAUGGGCUCCUCUGCCCCAACGCCGCUUCCAGGCUCUUCCUCACAGCCAACCCCCCCGAGCCCGUGAGGCAGCCCCAGGCCAUGACCCGCCUGCCGGACCUCCGCAAAGACGAGCUGGGGCCGGGAGCUCCGGGCUGGAAGGGCCACCGCUUGCUGCCGGCAUCGCCGCACGUCGGGAUUGCCGCGAGUCAGCAUCGCCGCCCGCCGGGAUCGCCGCGCCCCGGCAGCGCCCCGCCGGCCUCCUGCCCCGGCGCUGGGGUCCGCUCAGCGAAYGCCUGCUCUGCCCCACGGCCAUCGCCUCAUGUCGUGCCUUCCCCCACGGACCCCCCGCCCCUGGGGGCCAAGGGACCCCCAGCCCCGGAGCGGGGCGGCAGCACCGAUGGCGGCACCUGCCGCUGCCGUGUCCUCCUCCGGCGAGGACACGCUGAUCUGUCUUCUGGGAAGACGCCUUCCUCCGUGCCCUCCGUUUGGUUUUAACCCCCGGUAGUGACUGAGCAAUACAGUAUUUGCAAGAUC